AAUAGCCAUGCAUUCGCCCAAUGACUGCGUCGGUAUGAGCCAAAAUACCUCAUCUAGUGUAAGAAACUCACAAAAUUACAACAACAGUGAUGGAGCUUCAUGGGCGUGUGGCCCGUGCGGGGCACUCCGGGGUGAUGGCAACAACUUUCAAGAGAACAGUGAGGCAGUAUCCAGCCAGGAACAAGACCGCCAGAAAGCCUGUGGUGGAGAAGGAUUCUGGUGAUGCUCGUAGUGGUCCUGUGAAGCGGAGUUCAGGUUUUCGAGGAGUGACGAGGCACAGGUGGACGGGGAGAUUUGAGGCUCACCUCUGGGAUAAAAAUUGUUGGAAUCACAAGCAGAACAAGAAGGGACGUCAAGUUUAUCUUGGGGCUUACGACGAGGAAGAAGCAGCAGCUCGGGCUUACGACCUCGCUGCUCUUAAAUAUUGGGGACCAGGAACUAUAAUCAACUUUAAGUUGGAGGACUACGAGCGCCAAAUUCAGGAAAUGGCUGUAAUUUCUCCAGAGGAGUAUCUCGCCUCACUGAGAAGGAAGAGCAGUGGUUUCUCAAGGGGCGUUUCGAAAUACCGAGGUGUUGCCAGACACCAUCAUAAUGGACGCUGGGAAGCCCGCAUUGGACGCGUCGAUGGAAACAAGUACCUCUACCUCGGCACCUUUGCCACCCAGGAAGAAGCUGCCCGGGCUUAUGAUUUGGCAGCAAUCGAGUACCGAGGUGCGGCUGCAGUUACAAACUUUGAUCUAACCUACUACAGCCAAAAUCUUUCGGCAAAGCAAGGGCAAGCCAAAUUCAUAAUCCCAGAGGUUCAGCAUGGCACAAGCUCCCCUUCAGGUGGGGCAACCAGCUCAUGCAAUGAAAUGGAGAUUUUGGGAAGAAUCAAUCGAACUCUUGAGUCCUCACUUGACGAUGAACUGCAGAUGCUACGAACCCUCGGUGGAGUCACAGGCUCUAAUGAGGACCUUCAGAUCCUGGAGAAGAAGAGCCUUAUCCCUGAUGGAGCCUCCUCAACGGACUUGCAGUUCCAGGGGAACAAUAGCCAGGUUGUGAAUUCGGGGGGCCCUAGAAGAAACUCGUUCAUGUUCACGAAAGUGAAAUACCCAAGCGAUGAUGGCUCAAGUAACGAUUUACUCGAGUUGAAACACAGCAGUGGUGCUCCUUCUGUACAUUUGUCCUCCACACCUGUCAAUUUCGGUGCAAAUUUUACCUAUUCGUCCCAACAGCUCACGGACAAUACACCACAAGAUGUCACUGAUACCGUGAAUCUCUGCAUGUCGGUCACAUCCAACCUGGACACUCAAAUUGUGAAUAUGAAGAGAAAACUUGAAAGUGGAGAGGACUCCGAAGAGUUCACGCUAGAUGAGAUCUCAGAUAUGGAGACAACAAGCACCAUAGAUCUGUUGCUGGCAACGGAGGAAGAUGACUGGCAUCUCAAUCAGUAUCUCAAUGAGUUUUCGUGGGACUCACAUGCGGAUAGCGAAUCUCAGCUCUUGGAUUCAAGCGAUACUACCUUCUGUGACGAUGGAGUGUUCCCUGGCACAUGCAUCGGCUUGACGGAUUACGAAGUUAUUUCGAAUGUGCUGAAUGAGCUGCCGACAAUACCGUCGAGACAUGCCUAUACAGUGAGCGCAUUCGCGGCCUGAAGGCAUGUGGUUCGGACAGGAAAUAGCUGCCACCGGGGUACGGAGUUGGCGAUGUAAUUUUUUGUACUCUGCACGUUCUAACUUAGCACAAUCUGAUAGACUCUGUGCCCCAUGUAUCUUCAACAUUACCAUCUAGAAGCUGUGAAUAUGCAACGCUAUGUGAGGAUAGAGCACUGCAUUGAAACCAAAAAUCAAGAAAUGGAAAAAGAGAUGAGAGGAGGUGGUUUUUAGGGGGAUACACAAUUGACUUCUGGUGUUGCCCUGCAGAUGAUGUGCUGACGUUUAGAUCUAAUACAUCACAUGGUGUUCAUUUUGGGUGAUCA